CUGUGGAACUUACCCACGGUCAAUUGUACAUCAUGUAUUUUAGCGUCGAAUUAACGUAGGAAAAUCGAAGUAGUCAUAAUGCAGUCCAAAAUAAGGUGAACAUUUUUUUCCUCUGAAAAAUGGAUUUAGAUAAAAUAUUGUGCGAAAUAGGCGAAUUUGGUAAUUAUCAAAAGAAAUUGAUUUUAUUGGUGUUUUUACCCUGCAUGUUUCCAUGUGCUUUUCAUGCAUACAAUCAACUUUUCAUGGCCAUCUCACCUCCACAUUGCUGCAUUUCAAAAAAUUUGCAUGAUGAACGAGGUAAUUUUUCCUACCACAACGAUGACACUUGUAUAGAUGGGUAUAAACCUAUGAAUUUGGGAGAUUUCAAUUUGAAUAUUAUGACCAAAGAAUUUUUAAUUUGCGAAAGUGAUCUGCGUUUAACUAUUGGUUUGGUCUUAUUCGGCACAGCAGGAUUUAUCGGAAGCUACUUAUUUGGAUAUUUACAAGAUAGAAUCGGACGUCAAGCAGCUUUUUUCUCGUACCUAGUGAUAGAAUCAUUUUUUGGUAUUGGAACUGCUUUUGCUGGUAGUUAUUGGUCAUGGUUGAUCUUCAGAUGUGGAGUUGGUUUUACGGUUCCCGCCAUUUUAUCGACACCUCAUGUACUGCCUUUCGAAUUGGUUGGACCUAAGUACCGUACAAGAUGUACAAUCUACAGUAACAUAGCUUAUUCUCUGGCUUUGGUUGCUUUAGCUGCUGUCGUGUAUGUGUUCAGAAACUGGAGAUUUCUCUCGUUAGCCACAUCGUUUCCCUUUUUAUUUUUCUUCAUUUAUUUCUGGUAUAUGCCCGAAUCACCUAGAUGGUUAUUAGCUACUGGCAGAUACCAGAGAGCUAUCGUAGUUUUGAAAAAAAUAGCCAAACAUAAUGGUACAGAAUUGAAGGAUGAACAUCUCUCGCAGCUAAAAAAAGGAUUUGAAGGUGAAAAACAAGACUACUUAUUGAAAAAAUCCAAACAAUACGGAGUUCGGGAUUUAUUCAUAAGAAAAACUCUUCGAAAAAAAACGUUGAUUAUAACAUUUAUCUGGUUUACCAAUACAAGUGUUUAUGUAGGUUUAUCCUAUUACGCACCAGCUCUAAGCGGCGACAGAUUUUUCAAUUUUUUCUUAGCUGGAAUUUCCGAAUUGCCUACUUAUAUUGUUCUAUGGCCUACGAUGGAACGUUACGGAAGACGAGAGAUAUUAUGUUCAAGUAUGUUGAUAGGAGGAAUAGCUUGUCUCAUGACUUCAAUAGCAUCUGGAAGUCAGGAUACUGUGCGGCUUCUGUACUGCAUUGGAAAAAUGGGCAUUUCAUCAUCUUACGUUGUUUUACCAUUAUUCGCUUCCGAAUUAUUUCCAACUGUCGUUAGAGGUAUUGGACUAAGUGUUGGAUCUGUAGCUGGCAUGUUAGGGCCAAUUUUCAUUCCACUAGUGAAUUAUUGGGGGAUCGGAUCGUGUUUGCCCCUCAUUUUGAUGGGAGUGUUGUUAGUAUUCGGCGGAUUGUUUAGUUUAUUACUGCCCGAAACUAAAAAUAUUCAUCUGCCUGAAACUAUUUCUGAAGAUGGUCAAUAAAAGUAGGUAGAUGGUAUGGUAGAUGCUGAAGAUGGCAAAUGAAAGAUUGUAAUUAUUUUCAGAGAUUGCGAUUCCAACUUUUUAGUUUCUUUUGUUUAAAAUUAUAUUCAAUCCAUUUGAUUGUAUCAAGUCAAAGCUGUGAAGGGUGAACAUAAUGAAGUGAAUUUGAAAUUUAUGAAAUAUAUCUGUCAAUUUCA